AUGGCUCGCCAGGCUGAUGGUGUUACCCCGAUGGAUGUGGUUGGUGAAGUCCAUUGCUCACUCAUCCGAGGUUCGUCCACAUUUGAACUCGAUGCCCUAGUUGUUCGCCAACUUGAUGUUGACAUUUUGGCUGGCAAUCCUUUCUUGUCCAAAAAUGACAUUGCUAUUCGUCCUGCAAAGCGCGAAAUUUUAAUUGGUGGUACAGAUGUUGUGCAUUACGGCCAACCAGCGAAGUCGAUCCCCCAUUCCGCUGCUAGACGCACGCAGUCCUUCCUUCUCCGCAGUCCACAGCACAUGGUUGUCUUACCCGGUGACUAUCUCCAGCUCACUACACCUCUGGAGUCUGAUCCCGAUGCUUUGUGGGCCUUGGAACCUAGACUCGAUAGCCCCUCUAACCUUUUUCAGAAGCUGGAAGCCGCAUGGCCUCAACCACAGGCCAUUGUUUCAGUAGAUCAUACCUUGCGUAUACCUAACACAACCCCUUCUCCAAUUCUCAUAAAGAAGGGUGAACAGUUAUGCCAAGUUCGGCAUAUCAUACCUCCCUUCCCCACCGACCCAUGUGCCUCGCCUUCCAGCACCUGUCGUCCUGUGAUUUGCCCUCCUGUCCACAGCAAGCCGUUCUCUAGCACAGUAGUUCUUGAUCCAGAUUCCUCUCUUCCACCCCACAUCCGUGACCAGUUCAGGGAUCUUCAUCUCGAGUAUGACGAUGUGUUCAACCCCACCAUCUCCAAGUACAAUGGUGCUAGUGGCAAGAUUGAAGCCGUUGUCAAUAUGGGCCCAACCCUUCCUCCUCAACGGAAAGGUCGCCUACCACAGUACAACCGAAGUACUAUGGAGGCGUUACAAGCUAAGUUCGACGAGCUUGAAGCCUCUGGAGUCUUUGCCAAACCUGAACAGGUUAACGUUCAUGUUGAAUACCUGAACACUUCUUUCCUUGUCAAGAAGCCAAAUGGUGGAAGUCGUCUCGUAACAUCCUUCGGUGCGGUUGCCCAGUACAGUAAACCACAGCCCGCACUCAUGCCGAAUGUUGACAGUGUUUUACGCGCCAUAGGACAAUGGCAAUACGUCAUUAUCACUGACUUGUUAAAGUCUUUUUAUCAAAUCCCCUUGGCUGCUUCGUCCAUGAAGUAUUGUGGAGUCGCCACUCCAUAUAAAGGUAUCCGUGUCUACACCCGAUCUGCCAUGGGUAUGCCUGGCUCCAAGACAUGUUUGGAGGAGUUAAUGUCCAGGGUCUUAGGUGACCUCAUUCAGGAGGGCUGUGUUGCUAAAAUCGCCGACGACCUGUAUAUUGGUGGAAAUACCCCUAGUGAGGUACUCCACCACUGGCGCCGCGUGCUCUCCCUACUGAAGAAGAACAACCUUCGCUUAUCAGCCUCCAAAACCAUCAUCUGCCCACAGAAAGCUGUUGUGUUAGGCUGGACCUGGUCCAAAGGCACCUUGCAGGCUAGCCCACACAAGCUUGCAGCCUUAUCCUCUGUUGCUCCGCCCUCUACAGUACAAGGCUUACGAUCCUUUAUUGGCUCAUACAAGGUACUCAGCCGAGUACUCCCAAAGUAUGCCGAGCUGCUUGACCCUCUCGAUCAGGCUACCGCCGGCAAGGAGUCUCGGGAGCGAAUCCGUUGGUCUGACGAAUUACUGCUAGCAUUCAAGACUGCACAACAAGCCCUAGACAAUCACAAAACUAUCUCACUUCCUCAGUCUGAUGAUGCGCUCUGGAUUGUUACAGACGGUUCCGUAAAGAACAGGGGCAUAGCAGCCACCCUCUAUAUUCAACGCGACGGAAAGCUCCUAUUAGCUGGUUUCUUCAACGCCAAGUUGCGUAAACAUCAGGUGACUUGGCUUCCUUGUGAGAUAGAAGCUUUGGGCAUCAGUGCUGCCAUAAAGCACUUUGCCCCUUACAUCAUUCAAUCUGUCCACACUACCCAGGUUCUCACGGACAGUCGACCUUGUGUUCAAGCAUACGACAAGCUCAAGCGUGGCGAGUUCUCAGCCAGUUCACGAGUCACUACCUUCCUGUCAACUGUUAGUCGUUAUCAAGUCCAUGUGCGCCACAUCGCUGGAGCAGAGAAUCUUCCAUCCGAUUUCGCUAGCAGAAACCCUCGACAAUGUUUAGACUCUAGUUGUCAGAUUUGCAAAUUCAUCACAGAAAUGGAGGAUUCUGUCGUUCGUGAAAUCUCUGUCAGUGACGUCAUUGAAGGUUCCAUUCGAAUGCCAUUCACUAGUAGAGCAGCCUGGCAAGCUACCCAGCAGGAGUGCCCUGAUCUCCGGCGAACUCACUCCCACCUUCAUCAAGGCACCCGCCCCUCCAAGAAAAUCACCAAGAUCAUUGAUGUCAAGCGUUACCUCAAGGAUGUCAUCAUUGCGUCCGACGGCCUCCUUAUCGUGAAGGACACUCAACCAUUCCAGCCCAGCCGCGAGCGCAUAGUCGUGCCUCGCUCCGCACUUGAUGGCCUGCUGACGGCACUUCAUAUCAGAUUAACCCAUCCGUCUAAAUACCAACUCAAACGUCUGUUCAACCGGUACUUCUUUGCCCUGGAUGUUGAUAAGGCAAUUGAGGCGGUCUCGUCAUCUUGUCAUCUCUGCCAGUCAGUGAAGACAAUUCCUAAGCAUCUACAGCCGCAGUCUACUUCAGACGCCCCUUCAGCCAUUGGUAUCUCGUUCGCCGCAGACGUGAUACGCCGUAACUGCCAGUACAUACUUGUUAUGCGAGAGACUGUGUCCUCAUACACUAUCGCUUCUCUCAUUGAGAGCGAAAAGCAUGAGAUUCUACGUGAUGCCCUCUUGAUCCUAUGCUCCGAGCUCCGAUCUCUGCAUGCUGGUGGUGUGACAGUACGCGUGGAUCCCGCCCCAGGAUUCUCUGCCCUCGCAAACGACAAGAUCCUUAUCUCCUCUGGCAUUCAUUUGGAGGUGGGCAGACCUAAGAACCCUAAUAAGAAUCCCGUCGCCGAACACGCAAUUGGCGAGCUUGGUGCAGAGCUCCUUAACCUAAAUCCUGAAGGAGGCCCAGUCUCAAAGGUCGUGUUAGCUCUCGCUGUUGCCAACUUGAAUUCCCGAAUCCGACGCGAUGGCCUUUCUGCCCGUGAAGUCUGGACCCAAAGAGAUCAGUUAACUGGUGAGCAGCUACCCAUCAUCGACCGCGACCUUAUUCUCAAUCAAAACGUAUCUCGUAAGCAGAACCACCUACCCAGUGCUAAAUCGAAAGCUACUGGUAGACUAGGUUUUCCCACUCCUACUAUCUCUGUUGGAGACCUGGUUUACUUGACACGUGACAAGGACAAGCUAAAAGCUCGCGAAAAGUACCUCGUUAUUGACAUCGAUCCAAGCAAGAUGUGCCACCUACGGAAGUUCACAAGCUCACAGUUUCGAAGCAAAGUCUACCUCGUACCUAUGGCUGAAUGUUAUCCGUUGAAGCCCUCAGUUGUAGCUCAACCCUCUCAAGGACCUGUCCGUGGGCAGGAUGAGCGACUAGAGUCCGAUUCCGACAACGAGUAUAAUACCAGUACAGAGGCCGAAGAACAUACUAGAAGUGUUACUCCACCAAUCAUCGUACCACCUCCCCCUCCAGUACCCGAUGCUAUUAGCGGCAUAUCUGCUCCACCCACCCCCACAACCACUGAAGCUGUUGUGGCCUGCAAGCAUCCGUCUUCAGUCGUGCCUCCCCGAAAAUCAGUCCGUGAGCGAAGACCUCCUUAUUGGUGCACCCAGGAUUGGGAUUUGAAUCGUUAUUGACUUGUAAACGUUAAGUACCUUUAACAUCGUUAACAUUUUAUAUUUCUAUAUUUAGUCACUGUAUGUCAGCAUUAUUGAUAUUACGUCCAGGAGGGGCGAACAAUCGGACAGACACUGCACCUAUACAGUAUGUUACCCUCUGCCUAGUUAUAGAGAACUCUAGUUUUUAAAACUAUAUAUGUAGUUUAUAUUCGAGCUGUGUCACAUUGUACCUCGCUCAGCUCCUACAUCGGAGCCAGUGGACAAGAGGAAGGGCAACCACGCCAUUCUCUUUCUCAGCGGUUUAGCACCUUAGCAUUCCAUUAUCAUCUAGCGCACCACAUUGUUAUUAUCAUUACAAAAGCUCUCUUGUGUUGUAUUGACUUCUCAUCUGUAAACUCAGUUUAUUCCUUAUUAUUGGCGCUAAGAAAUUAAAAUAUCUUUGUAAAGCGGACGAUUUUCUGCUCUUGGGAAUUUAAAGCAGCUUCUUUUAUGCAGCUUCUUUUAAAAAACAGUUUCUUUGCGCAUAAAAUUUACUUAUGUCAAGCUUUUAUGCACUUGUGGGUUCAGCAGAGUGCUGAGGCAUUCAAAUUCUAACAAUACAUUAUUUCAAUAGUUUGGGAGUUUUGGGGACACCCUGUAUUUUGUGACUUUGCAGUUUGCCAGGAUUCCAGACCAUCAUAUCUCAAUAGACUAUGAUCGAAAUAGGUCAGUUUUCCGGUCAUUUUCAGCUGUUUCGAUUUGGAAAUCGACAUACCGAAACCCUGGAUGAACAGUAAGGUCAGAAAGGCUAUUAGGAAGCGAAACAGACUGUUAAAAAAUCAUUCUAGAUUAAAAACGUCAGUAACUUGGGAAAAAUAUAGAGUACAAAGAAAUUAUAUCACAACAUUAAUAAGAUCAAAUAAAGCGCUUUACUAUGCAAAUUUAAAUAAUAAGCUUCAGGAACCCGAGGUAAGCUCAAAAAAAUGGUGGGGGAUUGUUAAAUCUUUAUAUGGGCAAAAAAUGCGCGAAACGGUCCCAACACUCAUGGAAGGUCCAAACAUAAUUAGCGAAGCUAAAGAGAAAGCUGAAGGAUUGAAUGAUUAUUUUUGCAAUCAGAGUACCAUUGACGAUGGUGCUGCGACUAUUCCUAAUGAUAUUAUAUCUUUCCAGUCUUCUGUCAUUUUGUCAAACGUGAUUGCUACCGAAUAUGAAAUAAAUUGCCUCUUACGUGGAGUAAAUAUUAGUAAAGCAUGUGGUCCAGACGGUAUAAGCAAUAGAAUUAUCAAGAUUUGCGCAGACGGUAUAACCAGCGCCUUUACGUAUAUAGUUAACCUUUCACUGUCGUCAGGUGUUCUUCCUGAGCAGUAGAAAGCAGCAAAUGUUAUUCCAUUAUUUAAAACUAAAGUAGAUCGCGAGUCAAAGUUGAAUUAUAGGCCGAUUUCAUUGUUAGAUUCAUUAUCUAAAAUAAUUGAAAGAGUCGUUUUUACAAGACUUUACAAUUUUUUGUUGGAUAUAAAAUUCUUAAACCCAUUGCAAUCAGGCUAUCGGCCAGGUGAUUCGACAGUAAAUCAACUAGUAUAUUUAGUACGUAAGAUCCACGAGGCAUUUGAGCAAGGCAAAGAAGUAAGAAUGGUUUUCAUUGACAUCAGUAAAGCGUUUGACAGAGUUUGGCACAAGGGUCUUUUACACAAGCUUCAAUUAAUUGGUGUUGGGGACCCUUUAUUAAGUUGGUUUGAAAGUUAUUUAUCUAAUCGGAAACAACGAGUGGUCAUAGAUGGUCAGUAUUCACAGUGGAAAAAUAUAAACACAGGUGUGCCUCAGGGGUCCGUACUUGGUCCGUUGCUUUUUUUGAUUUAUAUAAACGAUAUCACUGAAAACCUUGAAUCCCAUUCUUUAUUAUAUGCUGACGACACUUCUUUGUAUGAUGUUUUUGACAAUCCAGAUACGUCUUCAACAAAAUUAAAUAACGAUCUUAUAGAAAUAGAAAAAUGGGCAAAACGAUGGCUUGCUACUAUAAAUAUAAAGAAGACAAAAUGCAUGACUUUUUCAGUUAAAAGACUCAAACCACCCCAUCCCGAUCUUUAUUUUGCAAACGAGAAAAUUUGUGAAGUUUUGCAACAUACUCAUCUUGGUGUCAAACUCACAGCAAACCUCUCUUGGAAAGCCCAUAUUGUAAAUAUUUUUGAAAAUGCUAAUAAAAAGUUAAAUAUGUUAAAAGGCCUGAAAUUUAAAGUGAGUAGAGACACUCUAGGCAAGUUAUAUAAAUCACUUAUUCGUCCUGUUAUGGAGUAUGCGGACGUAUUGUGGGACAACGGUAUAGCCAGUGAUUGUGAUCUACUUGAGCAUGUACAAUAUGAGGCAGCUAAGAUUGUAACCGGGGCAAUAAAAGGAACUAGUAAGCAUCGUCUCAUGCAAGAAGUGGGAUGGGAAAGUAUGUCUACUAGAAGAAAAAUCCAUAAGCUUAUCUUAUAUUAUAUUAUAAGAUUGUAAAUAACCUGAGUCCAUCUUAUCUCAAAGAAUUACUUCCUUUACAAGUCUCCGAAAGAACAAACUAUUCUCUAAGAACGGUUUCAGAUUUUUCUCUUUUUAAUAGUCACACUGAACGUUACAAAGCAUCCUUUUUUCCAUCUGCUGCAAGACUGUGGAAUAGUAUAAACAUCGAGACGCGUUCGCUAGUUUCACUCGAUUUCUUUAAAAAUGCUUUAGUUAGCAUUUUUGACUUACCUGUUCCAAAUGGCAUUUAUAAUUUAUCAAAUGAUAGAUUUUCCUCUGUUUAUCACACUCGCCUGCGCUUAGGUGCUUGUGCACUAAAUUUCUACCUCUUUAAAAUAAGAUGUAAAGUAUCCCCAGUUUGUAUGUGUGGUUUUAAUACUGAAACUAUAAAACAUUAUUUUCUUUAUUGUCCAAUUUUUGCUGCCCAAAGACAGAAACUGCUCUCCUCUGCUGCUCAGCUGUUUGCUGACGAUUGGUCAAGAAUAAACGACGCGCAAAUUGUUGAAAUGUUUUUGCAUGGAUCAUCUUUAUUAUCAUUAGAAUCAAACAGAGAGUUAUUUUCUCUUGUGCAGUCGUACAUAAAUGAAACAAAACGUUUUCAUCCGCACGAUUCUUGACUUCCGUCAUCCCUCUCUUUUAUUAUAUACUUGGCAUGUACGAAAUACUGUAUGCAAUUGUAAGGAGUGAGCCCCCUAGAUGAGCGCAUGCGCUCUUGGGGCAAACUUCGUUUGUUUGAACAAUUAAAAUAUGUUUACUGUCGUUCCAAUUGAAGUGUUGCUCAAAUAUUGAUUCAAUACAUUACCUCGGGCUGACCAAUUCAUUUCAUCAAGUUCCUCGAGAUAUUCAUACACUUCCUAGUAUAAUUGUAAACUUCCUGUUGAAUAGUUUGAAUGCAACAAUCACCUUUGUUGUUUGUGCAACUAACCAAUCAUAAAUAGAAAGGAAGUGACCAGAAAUGAUCAAAUACUUGGAAUUGGCUCUUUCACAGGAAGUGUAUGAAUAUCUCGAGGAACUUGAUCAAAUGAAUUGGUCAGCCCGAG